GUGGGAGACCGGAAGUGGGCCGCCAGGGGAAGAAGAUGGCGGCGCAGGGAAGGGGUCGGGUGGGUGGUGGCAAGGAGGAGCGUGUGUCGGGGCGUUCGGAUUCGGAGCUGCUGCUGCACCCGGAACUGCUCUCGGAGGAGUUCCUGCUGCUCACGCUGGAGCAGAAGAACAUAUUGGUCAAAAAUGAUGUAAAGAUGGACAAAGAUGGGCUCACAGAUCUCUAUAUUCAACAUGCCAUUCCCCUGCCUCAGCGUGACUUACCAAAAAGUCGAUGGGGGAAAAUGAUGGAAAAGAAAAGACAGCAAAAUGAGCCGAAAAGUGAGAAUAAGAGUGUUGCAGCGGUGGAAGGAUUAAGGAAACGGCCAUUAAUUGUUUUUGAUGGCAGUUCAACAAGCACAAGCAUAAAGGUGAAGAAGACAGAGAAUGGAGCUACUGAUCGCCUAAAACCUCCCCCGGCUGGAAGCAUCACUAAUACUGUGAGGAGAUUAUCGGCUCCUUCAAAUGCCUCUACAUACAUUUCAGCCUCCAGUUUAUCAGAGGACGCUAAGCUGGAAGUGAGGAAUAAUGAGGCUAAGCAGAACAAUAUUUCAAAGACUAAUAGCAGUGUAUUGGUUAGUCUGAAGACACACCCUUUAUCUCCAGUAGCAGGAACUACUGUUGUGAAGUUAAAGAGAUCUGUUCCAAAAGAUGAAUCUGAUUUGCCGAAUGACCUAAAGCCUACGGAAGCAAAAAAGAAAAUCCAGCAUGUUACAUGGCCAUGAAGCAGCUAGUGGUGCUCGAAACAUAAAUGUUACUUCCAUAUUUUCAAACAGAUAAGUCAUAUUUGAGCAAUUUAGGUACACUUCUUUUUAAACCUUGCAGGGAUUCAGAUUGCUGUGAAAUUUUAGCAAAUUUAAAAGUUCCCUGUUGUAAAUCUGAAGUCAUUAUCACCAGUCACCUUAAGAACGUCUACUAUUUUAAACCAAGUAAUUUAUUUCCUCUUUAAAAUGGUGGUAAUAUUACAAUAUACUAAACCCUCCACUUUUGUUUUUCAAGAUUAUUAUAGUUCAUCUCCUGCACAUCCCUACAAAUCACAUGCAUAAAUACUCUUUUUUUUGUUUCAUUUUGUUUUCAGUAAGAUUGGCUUUUUGUUCCAGUUCUGGGUAAGUAGUUAACACAGUUAUUGAGAUUCCAAGGGAUUCCAUGAGUGUUCUUGAUUAUAAAAAAGAUAAUUCAUUUAGAUGAGAAAACUGACCAUUCUGCUAAUAAGAUAGUUUGAGACAACUUUUUUUUUCCUUUUUGUCGCAUAGAAUAUGAGUGUAGAAUUUACAGUGCAAGUUAGGUUGGUAAUAAGAGAUGAACUAUUUAACAGCAUUACUUCAAAUUGAAGUUUCUCUUACUGACUUAUGAAAUAAAUGCACAGAUGGUAGUAUGAUAUUAAACUGUCUGAUAGGAAUCUUUGAGAGGAAGUAGUGAAUGGAUUAGUGCCAUGUUGUCUUAUACACAAAGGCAUAUUUUAUACAUAGAAAAGUGUAAAAAUGUGCCGAUACAGCAAAUUUGCUUGUUUUCCUGGUUACAGUCAUGCUGAUAAAAUGUGGGGGAAGCCUAUGGAAUGCAUACCAGUGCUUUCUCAGCUUACUAACAGUUGGAGAGGGAUAGAGUCAGGAAGAUAAAGAAGUACCUUGAGAGCAUUAGUGUAUGUAGGUGCACUUUUUUUCUCCCUAAUUCUUUUAUUCCUUUCCCUUCCUGUGAUCAUUUAAGGUGGGUGCUGGUUUUCUGUGAAACUUGAGGUUUCAUCUGGAUUAAUUGGUGGUGCCCUUAUAAGGCAGGAAUCAAGUUGAUGGCAACUUUUUUAUUAAAUCUCUGUAGCUCGGGAUGAAGCCCAUCUAGAUCCAUUUUAGAUAUGGAUGCUAAAUAACAAUAAUGCUUCCAGACUUAGUAAAACAAAAAAAAUCCACUUGUGAAUCCACUUAACUCACUAAAAGAAGCUGUCAGUAGUGAUCUGAGAACUUGUUUACAUUUUUUUUAGAUUGGUUAGUGUUGAAACCAAAAACCAUAGUUUAAUUCAUUACUGACAGUACUCCAUUCACUGUUAGGACAUAAAAGGCACUUCUUGAAUGCUGUAAAAUGGUAAGAAUGUGUGUGUUUUGAAAUUGUGUGCUGUUUCCCUUUUACUAAACACUUGUGCAUUUUUUUGUACUUGAGUACAGCAAACUUUAACGUAAUGUACAUUUUGUAUGUAAAGAGUUGUCUUUUAAGUAGCCUUAUCCUAUUUAAAUAAAUUCAAUUAAAAGCAAACUGAGCAGUUCUGACUUGUUUUUAUGAAGCAAUUUAUUAGGCCACUUCAUUUUCUACAGUUAUAUUUCAGUGGACUUCAAGUGACUAGAACUUAAAGCUUACAUCGUAGAAGGCUGAAUAGCUAUGUUGGAGUUUUAGCAGCAGUUAGUAUCAUGUGAAGUGCUGGUCCUCACACUAAUGUAACUGGUAGGAGUUCUGUUUUGUGGGUGGCUUCUUCUUAGUGAGUUAGAAUCUAGGUUAUAUUUUGUAGUUCCAGUUGCUAGAAGAGUGUGUGUGUUAGUGCAUGUUAAGGAGUGAUUUGCAGAACUGUACUGGAGUGGUAUCCUGAUGCUGUUAUUGCAUGGUUGUAGUCAUCUUUAAAGCUGAAAUGACUUCCAGCCUUGCCAUGUUUCACCUACCUUUACUUAAAGCCAGGCCCAUUCUUCUUUAUGUAGUAGUGUUUGGGGGGCAGGGUGCAAACCAUGCUUUUUCUUACUAUCCUACACUGCUCUCCUGGUUAAUAGCAGUCCUUCUCUUACUGAAGUACUAGAGCAGAGCUACAGUGUGCUGGGGAUUGUCAGGACCCUGGAGGAAAGUAAUUGAGGUAGGUGGUCUUGUGCUUUGGAAGGUAUGAAUAGAAGAAGGAUUUUUUCUGGCUGUUCUUUACUGCAACCUUCAUUGUAGAAUGAAAUCACAGAAGGACAGAUUUUAGUCGUUAUUUAGCGAGAUUGGAUUGGCAGGAUAUGCACUUCAAAAAUGUCAGCGAAGUUCUUCAAACUAUAUAGUAAACCAAAUCUGAUCUAAUACAUCUAUUUAUCUUGUUGAAAUAAUGAGAGAGAGAUAACCCAUGACUGCUUUAUGCUUGGUACCAAACAAAACCCAAAAAACAUUAAAUUCAGGAGCGGCAGCAAGAAUUAGAAGCAAACCUACCUUGCACAAUUAGAUACAGAGUAAGUACAGGCCUAAUUCUGCUUUCCACAUCUGAAGAUCAGAGAACCACAGAAUGGUUUGGAUUGGAAGGACCCUUAAAGACCGUACAAUUUCCACCCUCUGCCAUGGGCAGGGACAUCUUCCACUAGAUCAGGUUGCCUGUGGCCCAAUCCAGCCUGGCCUUGAAUACCUACACCUUGAACAAAGAUCUGGGCGAUCUGUUCAGUGCCUCACCACCCUCGUGGUAAAGAAGGCUUCCUGUUGGAAGAGUGGCAUUACUUUAAUAGAAUCAUAGAAUUGCUCAGGUUGGAAAAGACCUUCAAGAUCAUCAAGUCCAACUGCAACCUAACCAUACUACCCUAACUCUUAACAACCCACCGCUAAAUCAUGUCCCUGAGCACCACAUCCAAACAGUUUUUAGACACAUUCAGGGAUGGUGACUCAACAACCUCCCUGGGGAACCAUGCUCCAAGGCCUCACAACCCUUUCCUCCUCUUCUGUGAUAUGAAUUCCAUGUGAAAGGUGUACUAGGCUUGUGCUUUGCAUAACAUGGCCAUGUUCCUUGAAGUGUGCUUUUGGAAGAUGGUUAUCAUCCAAUGCCUUGUUUCCUCUUAAUUUUAUUGCCUUUGUAGCAGAUAAGUAGCAAAAAUGAUGCUAUAGCAAAGGAUGUUACAUAUUGCAAUACAGUAAUAAAAUUAUAGGAUACCCUAAUGUAGAAGUUAAACCUGUGACAUUCAUGAAGAUAAAUGUUUUAACCUUGGUCUCUGAAAAUAAUAUUUUGGUUUUGAGUUUAAAACCUAUGAACAUGAUUUAAUCAGCUGCAAUUGAAUCAGUAUUUUCACAUAGUUUAGUUUUGCUAAUAACUUUCCCAGUGACUGCAGCUGGUAGAAGAUAUGUAUCAGCAAGGCCUGUGUGAGAAUUGUUUAAGCACCACAAUUUCCUAGUGAGUUGGGUGUGCAAAAAAGGUUUGUGUUUGUGUGGCUCUUACAUUGUGUUUUGUAAGACUGUGAAAGCAUUCUAUUUGUAAAUAUCCAGUAUGUGAAUGCAGUUAAACCACGCAAACAGUUUUGUUUUAAAUGACUUUUAUUUUUAAAAAUACAAUGUGCAGUGUAAUGUUGACUAAAUGUAAUACUGAUGCUGUCAAUCAGAACUUGUACUUCACACAAUGAUCAGCUAGUCAUGCAAUAAAAUAUGUAUCUGUUACGAA